AUGACCAGCUCUCAGUCAGACAACUCCCUCUCAUCGUCAGCUUAUAUGCUUUCGUCUCACUUCAAUUCAUACAACUCCAUAUCCGACGAUGACGACGUUGCCUCGUUGCCCUCCGAGACAUCAACAGAAUCGGACUUUUUAUCAGACUAUGACUAUUCAGACGCGGAGGAACAAUGGCGGGAAAGCCUACAGCAGCUAGAGCUGCUGCUAACCAUGGUCUUGGUCCCAUUCAUUGGAAAAUAUGCCGGGAGGAAGUGCGCAUACUGGGGCUGGACCAAGUUUAUGGGAUGGAAAUAUCCUGUUGAAUUUGUAACGACAGACAAAACAGCAUAUCGCGUAACAGGGAUAUUUAGUGCCGCUGCUUCUCUUUGA